CAGAUGUACAACAGGGCAGCACACUGGAGAGGAGUUCUGGAGAACGUCAGAAAUCCAAGGCCGGUCAGCUCUUGUGGCUCAAUACUCAAGAGGCCGCUGGAUUCAUACCUGGCCAUUCCUGUCCGCCUCCAUCCCCGGCUGAAGGGGAUCCCGUGUGGGGGUUCCCCCCAAAAUCCUGUUCCGCUGCCCCAGUUUCUGAGCCGGUCCAUGGAGCUGCGGUAAGAAAAGGCAGAGCUCCUGGCCAUGGCGCAUGAGCAGCUGGGCGGCCCCAAGGCCGGGCUUGAGCCGGAGGUGGUCCAGCGGCUUUUGGGCGCCUGUCAAGAUGCCAAGAGGUUUGCCUACUGUCCCUACAGCAGGUACCCCGUGGGAGCGGCCCUCCUGACCUCAGAGGGGAAGAUCUUCACAGGUUGCAAUGUUGAAAACGCCGUGUUUCCUCUGGGCGUCUGUGCCGAGCGAACGGCCAUCCAGAAGGCCGUGUCUGAAGGUCACACAAAAUUUCAAGCCAUGGCCAUCAGCUGCAACAGCCAAGAGUCCUACGCCAUCCCGUGUGGAGCUUGCAGACAAGUCCUCCGAGAGUUCGGUCAACAGUGGGAGAUCUACUUGACCAGGAUGGACGGAGCCUACAUCAAGAAGAGCUUGGAGGAGCUUCUGCCUUUCUCUUUUGGUCCAGAACAUCUGAAGAUCUAGGCGGGAGGAAGGAGUCCCGCAGCGGCUUCACUCUUUCUCCGCACCUCCCCAGUUCAGAAACCUGGCACACCUUCGCUCCCCAGCCUGGGACUCCAGGGAUCUCCGGACCUCCCCUCAAAAGGCAGGCGAUAGCAAAAUGGAUAUUUGCAUUCCCAGGGGGCACUGCCUGUGUAAUCGGGAUCCUCAGCUUCAUUUCAAAGGGGUGAAUCUGGGCUCUUGGCCCCUGACCUGCAGCCCCUUCCUUACCCCAAGAUAAACCGCUGUCUUUUUUGAGUC